AACAUUUGUUUUUCUUUAGAGAGAGAAAAGAAGAGAGAGAAAGAUUUUCCCCACUUCUUUUCCCUUCUCUUUCAGAGAAAAGAUGGUCGAAGAGAGUUUCAACCUCUGAGAUCAUCGUGAAAAGGCCAGUCAAGAAAAUCACGCUCCGAUUCCAAUCAGACUAACUGAAGCUUGAAUCUCGGAGACAAUUUAGCCAGGUUAUGCCGUUGUUCGUGAAUACGGAGAGUCCUGGCUGUUGGCAGAGGAAACUGCCUCCACCAUCAUACGAAUGGUUCAGCAAGCAAUGAGCGGUAGAUCGACCGCUUGUGGAGCUCAGUUGUUUUGUUUCACAUUUUUAGUCCUUGUAUUCAGAAUCCUUGGUUGCUCUUCCCUUAGUCCGGAAGGAUACGCAUUGUUGCAGUUUGAAGCUAACGUGGAUUUUGAUCCAUCGGGAGCUUUAGCAAAUUGGAAUCCAGAUGACUGUAGCCCGUGCUCUUGGUUUGGCGUGCAUUGUCUGGACGGUAAAGUGCAUAUGCUUGAUCUCAAUGGACGAGACUUGGUAGGGAUAUUGGUGCCGGAGCUUGCAAAUCUCUCUCAUUUAAGAGUUCUUGACCUAUCGAAGAACCAUCUGUCCGGCACCAUUCCCCACGAGUUUGGACAGCUUACUACAUUGGAAGUCCUGGACUUGAGGAACAAUAAGUUAACAGGAACGGUUCCUCCUGAAUUAGGACGGUUGCAUUCCCUAAAACGUUUGUUGCUCUGUAACAAUAGCUUUGAAGGACGCAUCCCUUUUGAGAUUGGGAAACAUGGCUUGCCAAGUGAUGGACAGUGCUUGAAUAGAAAAUUCGGGUGCUGCACUUGGCAGAGUAUUUUGGAGCGAUCAGAAAAAUCAAAUCCCUUCCAGGCACCAGCUAGAGGGGCCAUACUUCAUUAUCUCAAUCUAUACCGACUGUUCAAGUUUGGAAGUGAAUCGUUGCAUAAUCAGCCAGAUGCCUGUGACAUAGAUAUAAUGGACUCAGCUGUGAGUUGGAAUGUAGAUGACCGGACCAACCAGCGCCGCGUGCUAGUUGAACAGUCCGCUAAUCUUAUUGCUCUCCCCGCCAAUGCUGUGCCCCCCGUCCAACUUGUAAGUGUUGCCAUUCCAAGCAGAAGUAGUGGGUCGUUUCCUGCUGUUCCAAAUGCAAAGAAACGGGCACCAGCCCCUGCCCCAUCACCUCCUUCCGUCACUCAACCAACUGGUGGAAAAUCUGGGCAUUCCCUGAAACAUAUUAUAUGGCUGUCGAUCAUACUUUUCUUGCUCAUAGUUGCAUCAAUUAUGCUCGUCGUCUGCAGAAGCAGAGCAGCUCAAACUAUUCGCCCUUGGAAGACCGGAUUGAGUGGGCAGUUGCAGAAAGCAUUCGUCACAGGGGUUCCUAAGCUUAAUAGACCCGAGCUGGAAACUGCAUGUGAGGAUUUCAGCAAUAUUAUCAAGGCAGAAGAUGGUAUAGCCACGGUGUACAAGGGAACUCUAUCAAGUGGAGUCGAGAUCUCCGUUAUUUCAACUGCCAUAAUCGCUCUCAAAGACUGGUCCAAACGUUCUGAAACAGUAUUCAGGAAGAAGAUUGAUACCUUGUCGCGGCUAAACCACAAGAAUUUCUCUAAUCUUAUUGGUUACUGUGAGGAGGACGAUCCUUUCACUCGAAUGAUGGUUUUUGAGUACGCGCCAAACGGCUCUCUCUACGAGCAUCUGCACGUUGAAGAACUCGACCACCUCGAUUGGAAUGCAAGGACACGGAUAAUCAUGGGAGCCGGUUAUUGCCUCCAACACAUGCAUGAGCUCAAUCCACCAAUCUCUCAUUUCAACCUCACUUCCAAAGAGAUACUUUUAACAGAAGACUAUGCGGCUAAAGUUGCAGAUGUCGGGUUUUGGAGAGAACUUGUUACCAAGUCAAAGAACGCUGCAGAAAACGAGUCGGAGCACUCUGAGCUGCCCCCACUUGCUGAUGCGGAGACUAAUGUCUACAGCUUUGGAAUCUUGAUGCUGGAAACCAUAUCCGGAAAGCUUCCUUAUUCGGAAGAGCAAGGGCUUCUCAUGAACUGGGCUGGCCCGUUGUUGAACGAUAGGAAGAACUUCAGCAGCUUGGUCGAUCCAACGUUGAAAUCUCACAAAGAGAAAGAGCUCGAAGUCAUGUGCGAGGUGAUCCAAUGCUGCGUUCAGCAAGACGUUCAUAAGAGGCCUUCGAUGAGGGAAGUGAUCCAGAUGUUGAGACAAGUGAUUGACAUAUCACCGGAGUUGGCAACACCGAGGCUCUCCCCGUUGUGGUGGGCGGAGCUUGAGAUCUUAUCGGCGGAGGCAGCUUGAUUUCUCAUUGUGUAAGUCAAGUGUAUCUCAUUUACUAGGCGAAGCUGUCGAUAAGAGUGUACGCUUUGCUUAAUUUCUUUCAACUGAGCGCCACAAGUUGGUUCCUUUUUUCUUUCAUUCAUUAUGCUAUUCUUAUGAUUCACAUUAUUUUAUUCUUUUCCUAUAUAUUUCUUCACCCUGAAAAACAACUAUAUGCUUGCAGUGCCCAUAUAAAUGUCCUUGGUUGUAAUUUUUGUUGUUGCAAUGUAUGUAAAAUUAAACGUUGGAGAUUUGAAUCAUAUGAAAGUUGUUUUGAAUUUUAA